CUGACGGCAAUAUCAAAACAAAAACCGGUAACCCAUCGCUUAUUCCUGGGUUUGAUAGUCGACCCGGGACCCGAAUCCAUGCUAGCCCCAAAGAAAAUAUGUUGUCCAUUUGGAUCGAUCAAAAUGGCUAUGGUUUCUAGUUUUUCUGCCGAAAGGCUGACUGGUCUCUCCCUUCUCUCUGCUAACAAACUGCAAAGUCUGAAUGUUUAUAGAGAUUGAAGUUUAUGGCCUGUCAAGUGGGAAGAAUGUAUCUGCAGGCUGGUUUGUCAAUAUCGGAGAAUGAAGUCCUUGAAAGUUCAUGUCUGACCCUUGGAACUUGUGCAAUCCAGAGGUGGAGCAGUGAGCCUAGUUUAAGUAGACAAUCUUCAAAGAUUAGCUUUAAGUCAUUAUCUUUUCCCAGAAAGAGUUUUUCAACAAGAAGACGUGGUUGGAAAAUAGCCUUUGCCUUGGACACUGGUGGAGUUUCUGGAAAUGGUGGAGAAGAUAGUCUCAACAGUGACGGCCCUAAUCUUGGUGGUACUCGACUGGGCAGGAUAGUGAGUGCAGGUGGCAGACAGUUAUUAGAGAAGCUGAACUCAGCAAGAAAGAACUUCCCCAUGAAGAUAUUUCUUGUUCUCUUGGGCUUCUACACCGCAAAUGCAUUGGCAACUAUUCUGGGCCAAACAGGUGAUUGGGAUGUAUUAGUUGCAGGGGUUGUUGUUGCUGCCAUUGAGGGGAUUGGAAUGCUUAUGUACAGAAAGCCCCCUUCUUUAAGAAUUGGAAGAUUGCAGUCGUUUGUGGCAAUGAUUAACUAUUGGAAAGCUGGUGUGUGCUUAGGUCUUUUUGUGGAUGCUUUUAAAUUAGGUAGUUAACAUGAACUUCCAUAUGUUCCUCUUAUAGGGUUGGGGCUUGUUUUUCAAUGUAUUCUGAAUCUCUUAUAAUAGCCCUGGUUCCAUCGAUUGAUGUUCAACUAGGUGAGAAAUGUAUCAUAACCGUUGUCAAUGAAAUUUACAAAGAAAAUUUUUUAUUAUCUUCUUUUUCCCUGCUGGGCCAAGAACCUGUGCCGUUCUUCCCAGCCUCAUCAUCCCUCUUUUGCCGUUUCUCCAUUUCUUUUUUUAUCCCUUGAAAGGAAAUUUUGGUGAUUGUGGUUGAAUUGCAGCAGAUAGAUUCAAUAAAUCAAGUUUCUGUUGUUACUUUGUUUUUUAUAGAGAGGUUAUAUUGUUAUCAUAUUUUUGUAUGGAUGUUCUAUUGCCCAUUGACUUGUCAUAGACAUUGAAGACGUAGAAAAUGUAGUUUCCAUCAAUGACGUAUUUAAAUGUUGCCAAAAAAAUUGAUGAAUGGACAUUUGGACUCGAGAAACUUUCCCAAUGAAAACGUUAAAGUAAUGUCAUAGCAAUCUUUGGAGGUCUGCUUUAAGGGGAUGUUACUGUGAGCUGAAGAGAGGUUUGGCAUUGGGUUCAAUCUUACAGUCUUUCUGCAAUUUGAUAGCAUGAUUUUAGUCUUGCUUAACACCGGAUAUCUGUGUGUUUUCGCAGGGUGAAUUGAAGAGGCAGAUAAUGGAAAGAAAACUGUAUUGGCACUAUCCUUUUUCUUAACAUUUUCUUUUUGUUUUUGGCUCAAAUUUCCUUGAUAUGAUGUUGUGCUCUGCACUUGUAUCAACAGGUGAGAAUGCAUUGUCCACACAAGUACACGCGUCGAUGAUAACAGGCAACUUCUAAGGCAUUGCAGCUAAAAAUUAGGCAAUCACUUAGCAUUUUCACCAGCCAGCCGCAAAAUUUCUGCUAAACCUGUUGAUAAGUAGUUUAACCACAUACACAGAUCAAGUCAUUUAUACACCCAAGAAAGCUCUCCCUUUUUUCAACUUUGCCCCAUGAAGGAGAGAAAUCGGAAUGUCUUGUCGAAAAUUCAAUUACUAACAUUUACAUCCGUUUUCCUGAUGUUUGUGGUUCAACGUCAUAGUGCCUUUCCUACAAAGGAAAUCCUGCCAAUUUUUGGACAGAAAUCACCAAUAUUAACUUCUAUCUUGCUUGUUAU